ACAGUGUGAAAAGAUCUGCAGCAUCAGCCUCCAGAUUUGCCUGUCACUUCAGACCCCAGGAGUUGACAGAGCCGCAGACUUUCCGAUCUGCAGAUUUGAAAGAAAGCAAAGCUAACAAGGGAAGAAAUUUCAAUUAUUUCUUCUCAUUUCCUGGCUGGGCGUGAAAAGGGAAUUCAACUUCAGUUUCCAGCUGAAGUUCUGGGUUCAGCCACCUACCCGUAAGGCUGAACAGCAUGAAGACGCUGUGGCUUUUCCUCUCCGUCUUGGGAGCUGCGGCCGCAGUCCCGACAAGGAUCCUACCUGAUGAUUUCAAGCCAACUGCUGAUUCCUCGAGUUCGGCCCCACAGGCUGAAAUCUUGGUAACCCCUUCCAGCACUGACAUUCCCAUUUUAAACAGUGAAGAUGAAGAAAAUGAAAAGGAAACUUCAGUGUCCUUAGAAGACCAUCUUAAGCAUAAGUCAAAGGAGGAAAGUGACAACCCAGAAGACCAGGACCCUAGCCACAGCCCGGAGCUGGAAUCAAAGGUUCUGCAGGAAAACGACGGUGACUUUGGUGAGAAUUUGGAGGAUGCACCAACUGAAGGUACCCUGGAGCUCAAAGAAGAUGCGAGUGAGCUUCAGAAGAAGGAACUCCCAGAGAGCACUGAUUUCCUGGCUCCUGAUGUUACUUCUGUGGUAGAUUCUGACCAACACGAAAGCACGACAAAUGCAGAGAAAGACCAAGAACAGUCUGUAAGUGACCUAGACCCUCACUUGAACGGGAGCAGCAAACAGAGCCAAGACCUAAGUGAGCCAGAAAAUCAAGCUCAGGGUCCGAAGAGUUCCAGUGAAGAAAAGGAGGAAGAAAAAGAGCCAAGUGAGGUUGGUGUGAAUCAGGAGGACCAAGAAAAGGAAAGCGAGUCUCCCAAGAAGCAUUCUAGAACCCACCAGGAGGAGAGCACCAAAUCUGACGUUGUGGGAGAGUCUGAGCAACCAACUCAAGUGAACAAGAUGCAAAAGGAUGAAGUUGAGCAAGAUAACGAAGAACAAGAAGACGAUCAGUCUGACACAGGAGCGGAAGACGAAACUUCAUCAAAAACCAAAAAGCACCAGCAAGAUUCAGAAGGGCUGAACCUCGAGGAAAAGUCUGGCCUUGAGGGUCUGAGCAACGAAGAGGAGGUGGAGAAAAAGUCUGUUUCUGAAUCUUUGCCCAUCGAGUCUACGGAUGAUGAGGGUGACAUCAUGCCUGGAAAUCAUGAGGCUGAUGAUGAUGAAAAUGACGAUGAUGAUGAUGAAGAAGAAGAUGAUGAAGAUGAUGGCCACAGGAACCGUGCAAAUCAUGACGACGCCACUCCAAGCCAGGCCUCCCUGCAGAGUGAAGGAUCUCGGUCCAACUACCACCAUCUCAAAAACGAAGAGCAAAGAGAGCGAGCGCAUGAGAAGGAGAAUGUAGACACUAGUGAGGCUGGAGAACACCAGGGGGCCAAGAAAGCAGAGAGCUCACCCGCUGAGGAUGGAGGCUCAACUGAAGGUGACUCGAAGCUGCCCAGUGCUGAUGUGUGCAUGAACUUCCAGUGUAAGAGAGGGCACAUGUGCAAGGCUAACCAGCAGGGGAAACCACACUGUGUUUGCCAAGAUCCUGCGACUUGCCCUCCUGCAAAACUUCUCGACCAAGUCUGUGGCACAGACAAUCAGACCUAUCCCAGCUCCUGUCAUCUGUUUGCUACCAAAUGCAGAAUGGAGGGGACCAAACGGGGGCACCAGCUGCAACUGGAUUAUUUUGGAGCCUGCAAAUCUAUUCCUGUCUGCACGGACUUUGAAGUGGCUCAGUUUCCUCUAAGGAUGCGGGACUGGCUUAAGAACAUCCUCAUGCAGCUGUAUGAGCCCAACCCUGAGCACAACGGCUACCUGAAUGAGAAGCAGAGAAACAAAGUCAAGAAAAUUUACUUGGAUGAGAAAAGACUCUUGGCCGGGGACCAUUCCAUUGACCUUCUCUUACGGGACUUCAAGAAAAAUUACCACAUGUAUGUGUAUCCUGUGCACUGGCAAUUCAGUGAACUUGACCAACAUCCCACAGACAGAGUCCUGACACAUUCUGAGCUGGCUCCUCUGCGUGCGUCUCUGGUGCCCAUGGAGCACUGCAUCACCCGCUUUUUCGAGGAGUGUGACCCCAACAAGGAUAAACACAUCACCCUGAAGGAGUGGGGCCACUGCUUCGGGAUCAAAGAAGAAGACAUAGAUGAAAAUCUUCUGUUUUGAAGAGGGAAUUGAAUGCGCUCAAAGUUUCCAGCAUCUUCAUCUGUUUCACCACAUCUGAAAUCUCUGCAGCUGUGGAACUCCCAGAGACUUACUAGCGAAUGUUUGCUUUUCUCAGAAGACAUGAGAGCAACUACUUAACCAUACUGUAUGCGCCCGACAUUUAGUAGUAACUGAAAAUAAAAGCCAAUAGACGCAAAAUACAGCCUAACGGUUUGUGAACAAUCUAACUUAUUACACUCUGCAUCCAUUUAUGAGACAUGUACUAGUCAUAAAACUUGAAGAACUGUGUUCAUUUUGUCUAUCAUAUCUGCACACCAAGAAAACGCAAUGAGGCUCUUUACUUGUUAAUGUGUCUUGUUUCCAAUAUCUUAAUAUCCUAAUAAAAACCCAAAUACAUAUGCAA